UGCUGUUUUUUACUACGUCUUAAUUAUUUACUUAAUUAUUAUUAAUACUUGCUGGAAUUUUAAAUCAUGAAACUAAUUUCCAAUAAUUCGAAAGGCACAUACAUGGCUAAUGUCGAAUUACAGAAACCUACUCCUACUUAUUAGAAAAAUAGACGCACUUAGGUUAGGCGUGAUAAGGUUAGGACUACAAGAACAAAUCUAUAUAAAAAGCCUCUUUAGCUCUCCACCUUUAAUCAAGAUGUCACAAAAGUCGUAUGGCUCCCAAUCCAAUGAGGGUAAUAUAAAUGACGGAUACCCCCCAACUGCAUCAACCAAUGAUUUGUCGGCAAUAAUUCCUAGUGAAAACACUCGGAUAUCUUCAGGGACCCAGACCUAUUUUGCUGACGAAAGAAUUCAGAUCCCUGAACUGGAACAUGAUCGGUUUAGUUUUAGAAAACUAUGGGCAUUCACGGGACCGGGGUUCCUUAUGUCAAUUGCAUACUUGGACCCGGGGAACAUUGAAAGUGACUUACAGUCUGGUACAGUGGCUCAAUACAGUUUAUUAUGGAUGCUACUGUUGGCUACUAUGCUUGGAUUAUUUAUGCAAAGAUUAUCUGUCAGGUUAGGUAUAGUAACUGGGCUAGAUUUAGCGGAAAUGUGCUAUAGGCAAUACAAAAAUGUUCCGAGACUAAUUAUAUGGCUUAUGGUAGAAGUAGCUAUUAUUGGGUCAGAUAUGCAGGAGGUUAUUGGUACCGCUAUUGCAAUCUAUUUGUUGUCCGGCACAAAGAUCCCCAUAUAUGGUGGAGUUCUGAUAACGAUUUUAGACACUUUUACAUUUUUAAUGUUUGACAAAUAUGGACUGAGGAAACUGGAAUUCUUCUUCGGUUUACUCAUUACAAUUAUGGGGGUGACAUUUGGAUUUGAGUAUGUAACCUCCAAACCGAACGCUUUUGGAGUUAUCGAGGGAAUGUUUAUUCCUUGGUGUAGUGGAUGUGAUAAGGGUGCUCUUCUCCAGGCUAUUGGAAUCAUUGGAGCAGUAAUCAUGCCGCACAAUCUCUACCUGCACUCGGCCCUAGUGAAAUCUAGAGCAGUCGAUCGGACGAAGCGAGACAAAGUACGAGACGCCAAUUUUUACUUCUUCGUCGAAUCGUGCAUCGCUUUAUUCGUCAGUUUCGUUAUCAACGUGUUUGUCGUUGCCGUGUUUGCUCACGGAUUGUUUCACAAAACAAAUAAAGAAAUUCACCAAGAAUGUUUAAAAUACCCGUCCAUCAAUCAAACGAUAUUCCCGAACACGGGUGAGGAGGCCGAUAAGUAUGUAGAGGCGGAUCUCUAUAAAGGAGGCAUUUUUUUGGGAUGUACCUAUGGUAUUGCCGCCAUGUACGUUUGGGCCGUGGGUAUUCUUGCUGCCGGACAAAGUUCUACUAUGACCGGGACCUACGCGGGCCAAUUCGCCAUGGAAGGUUUCCUAAAUCUCCAAUGGGCCAGAUGGAAGAGAGUCCUAUUCACCCGUAGUAUCGCUAUCGUUCCGACAUUUCUACUCGCAUUUUUCAGUAACAUCGGAGAUUUAACGCGCAUGAAUGACAUUCUUAAUGCCGUAAUGAGUAUACAACUGCCGUUUGCCGCCAUACCCAUCAUCGCGUUCACCAGUAAUCCUCAGAUAAUGGGAGAAUUUUCGAAUAGCUUAGCAAAUAAGAUCACAUCGAUUUUGCUCACCUUACUGGUGAUUAUCGUUAACAUUUACACGGUGAUAGCGCUGGUAUUGGAUUCUGAUUUAAGUUGGACCUGGUUAACUUUCCUAAGUAGUAUAGGAAUGGCCUACGUCUUCUUUUGCAUGUACUUAGUGUUCCAUAUGAGUGUAUCUAUGGGCAAUACCCUAUUGAUGCGAUACGCCUUUAUUAAUAAAUAUGUUAUGGGACCGGUGGAUUUGAAUCUAUCUAUUAGGCGGGAAAGUCAUGUUAGUAUUCUACUCCGAAAAAUGAAUUAAGACCCAUAACUAAUCUAACGCUUCUUUACCUAUAGCUCGGACACAGAACUGUGCAACGACGAGACCCACUAAAUCAGCUUUUUUAUUAGUUUUAGUGUUGUUAUUAUCGAUUAAGUCAAAACUAUAGUUGUUUAAAUCUAAAAAGAUUGUAUAACUUUUAGAUCUGGAUCAUUAAACUCCAAUAACUAUUUGCAGCGAUGUUAAAAUGAGUGUGCGUACUUUACAAGCUGUUUAUUUAUUACAGAAAAAUAUGUAUUUUUGGACGUACUAUAUAAAGUAUUCUUUAAUGUCUAUUUAUAACCGGUGACACAGGAAAAAGGGGACACUUAAUUUGGUAAAUAUAAUUUGGCUUAUUUGAAAUGGGACACUUGGCAUAUUAUUACGUAUUUCGAUAGGAAAUAAUAUUUUGAGAAUAACUGUACUGUAUUUGCUACUUUUCGAUUUAUACUCAUAGAAAAAAAUAAUUUUUUUAGCUUUAAAAUAGGGUGCCAUGAAUGCGUUGAAAGUUUCAAUUUUUAAUUAAGUAAUCACGGAAAAAUAAUAUUCAUUGUAUUUUAUUACUUGAACUUUUGACACGCCUAUUUAAAAUUUUUAUACCAGUAUUUUUCGCCUUUUAUUUUCAAUAGCACUUUUGAAAUGCAGAUUGUCUCCCAUUAAUUUUAGAUGAAUAUUUUUUUAAACCGGUUAAUGAAUAAACCUUAUUUAAUAAUUAAAAACAAUAAAAAUAGCACUGAUGGCAACAAUACGUCAUAUUUUGUCAAACGUCAUAUCGACUCAUGCAACGAAAACUAUAGUAACUUAUUAUUUUUAGUUUUGAGAAAAAUUAAUUUUAAAUUAUUUGCUAAUUAUUGUGCAUUAAUAUUUUUCUUAUCAGACAAAAUAUCGCAGUUUUUUUCCUCAGUGUUCUAGAUUUGGCUCGUUUUCAAUAAAGAACCGCAAAUAAUGUGUUUUUAUGUUUUUUUUUGUGUAUUUUUUAACGACUUACUAUAGUGUUCGUUGUAGAGUAUUAAGGAAAAAUCGAAUUAGUUUGUUUGACAUACUAUAUUUAAUUUUUUU